ACGAAUUUCAGUCAUUGUCGGUGCAGGGGUUUUUCUGGGACCCGAUUGACGGAUACAUCUCGAUCGUGUUUUUUUGUUGUUGUUUGGUGUGUUUUUGCUCGUGUGCGUGUGUGUGUGUUGCGGGUACGUGUGCGAUAAAUCGACGGUCGGGUCAGUGUGGCAAAGGCUCCGAAACAUUGUGACGCUAGAAUCUGCUAGAACACACCUUCCUUCUCGGAGCGACUGCACAACAAAAACAGACAAACAACGUGGAAACAAAUUUGUAAAACGAUGAAAUCCUUCCUGAUUCUGUUUGCCUGCAUGGUGUGCACGCUUGCUCGCCCAGAACCGGAACCGCCCCGUGCGCGCAUUGUCGUGCCGGCCAAACAGCAACAGCUGCCCCAGUACGAAUAUGGAGCUCCAAAGCCGGAGUAUGGACCACCAGCUGAGGAGUACGGACCACCACCGCCCACCGUGUACGGUCCGCCGGCCCGUGAAUAUGGUCCUCCACCGAAACUGAUCACCAAGAACGUGUACGUCCACGUCCCACCAGAGGAACCUACCGAGAUCAUCAGAAGUCCCGUGCUGGAGGCUCCCAUUCCCAAGAAACAUUACAAAAUCAUCUUCAUCAAGGCGCCAGCACCACCGGCACCGAUCAAGCAGGUGAUUCCACCACAGCCACAGGACGAACAUAAGACGCUGGUGUACGUGCUGGUCAAGAAGCCGGAGGAACCGGCACCGCUGGAAAUCCCCGUACCGGAAACUACCGAGCCCAACAAACCCGAGGUCUACUUCAUCAAGUAUAAGGAGGGCGAAAAGGAACCACACAAGCAGUAUGGGCCUCCAGCUCCCGCCUAUGGACCACCCUCCGGUCCGGCUCGGUAUCAACAGUUCUAGGAUCGAACACAUGCUAGCCAACAGUAGCCGAGUGCUCAGGGAUUCGCAAUGCGAAGCGAACGAAACUCCCGUGUUGUUAUCGUUGUUAUAGGGUUUAUGUGUUAAGUUUUUAAAAGAAAUGUUUGAAUACGGUGUUGUUGUUUCAUCCGAUCCCUCGUCUCAGUGCAUCAUCCUCAAACGAAGUUCACUGUUCUCUAGCACCACUGAGCAAAAGGAUUAAUGACUUCAUUUUUACUACGAACGCUCUCAACCCAACUUAAAAACGUCUUCUCAGCAACAGGACACUCGUU